GCUCGGCGCUGCUCGUUGCGCCUCGGUCAAUCCGCGACUAGUAUGGCGCUACGCGCUCAGACACGGCACCGUACGUAGCGUGCUUGUCAAUCGACGGCCGAUCGUGCAUCGCGAUUAUAGAGCCGAGAAACGGGGUUGACGCGCGCGAAUCGUAGCGCGCUCGAAAGGUAUUUCACUAAUUGAUAUUAAUCGCGAGCUGUGUUCAGGAGCGGAAGAGGGAAACGAGUUUCUCGGAGUGAAAGAAAGGAAAGGCAACUAGUUUUCCCAUCACACAAAUUGUUUCCGUUCAAUGAGAAUUUUGAGCAACGAAGGAAAAAACGCGCGCUCCAGAGAGUAAGGUCGGAGAGGGUGAUAGUGGCUAGUUAGGGGUUGCUGGCAUGUAACCGCGUGCACCGCCGGUGACGAGAUCGCAUAAAACGCCGGGUGGUAACUGCUGAUUACGUUGCGGUGAGGGCAGACUUGCGAUAAGCGCGCGGUAGCAGUCAGUAAUAAGUGAAAUGAUAGCGUCGCUAACCACGAGGAUUUCGAAUGGCAACCGGGACAGAUAUCUUGUUCGGUACGAGUACUAAGGCGAUGCGAAUGGAUCAAGCACGACGACCAGACAGAUUAGAAGGGAAUAAACGCUGGACUUGCUUGUCUAAUAGUUAAAACGAUCAACGGUAAACAAAAUUGGACAGAGUGGAGAGGCAGUAGCAAACGAGGAAACAAGAGAAUAACAAGAGUUUACAUUGAAAACAAUUGAUCUGUGCUUCGUCACAUAUGACAAGCAUAAAAACCAUUAAGACAAAUCAUGUCAUUUUAAUCCGACUCAACGAUCGGGCGAUCCUCGCGUAAUAGAAUUUCAGUAUCACGAAUCGCUGUGAGCGAUCAGGUGGACUGCCUACCGACCACAACAUGGCAUGUCCUUUCUCACGGAAUUUACUGAGGGCUAGACGCGAUGAGCAGAGCGACAGGGAAGACAAUGGUCGUCCGAGGAUCGCUAGACUAGGACACAGUGACGGCGGCAAAUCCAGGCAAUCAUCCUUCGAUGUGUCGUCGUUGAACGAGGAAAUCGAAGAUACGCAGACCCUAAAUCUGAAGCACUUGAGGACUGCUGUGCUCAUGCUGACAAACCCAUCGAAUGAAGUAGUUGCCUUGGCUCUGUCGACCCGUUUGAGCAAAGGCGAGGAGUCAUUCGAAACCGUCAGGUCACUCGAGAAGCUGGUGCUAUACAACGCUGACCCCAAGGAGAACUAUAACUUACUGGAGGACAUUUACGAGACCCUAAGUUAUCACUGCGAUGUGGACGUGAGCAUAUUUUUUGAUAAGCUCGGCCAGGAUCUCAUCCACACAGCUCGCGACGGUCUUCUCGAGCGGGCGUUUCGUUGCCUCGGGAACGAUUUGACGGCCUUUCUCACAACUCUGGAUGGUGUAAAUGACGUCGUCCAACAUCAAUCCGGAUCGGAGACUGAGGCGGAGUUCGUGUGCAUCGCUACCCCGGAAGCGAUCGAGCUACACUUCACAACUGACCAUCCGCCUAUCGCAUACCUUCUCGUUGGUAGCUUGAAGAGUAUCGCCGCAGAAUACUACAACGACAAUGCAAAUGUAUACAUUUUGCCUGAUCCCUACAAUACGAGAUUUUUUAGGUAUCGUAUCACCCCUGAGCGUUAUAGCGAACAUUCGAUCGACGAUUCGGAGAUCGACGAUAAUGUCGACACGGUCAGAUCUCCGUUCCGUCCACUGUCGACCGAGGCCACGGACCUUCGUAUAGGGGUGGCCAGUUUCUGCAAAGCGUUCCCAUGGCAUUUCGUAGUCGAUCGACAACUGGAGCUCGUGCAGCUCGGAGUCGGGUUUAUGAGAAUUUUCGGGCAACAUUUAAACCGAUUGGGUAGAGAAAUAUCGACGUAUUUCAUUUUUACACGACCACGCGGAGUUACGCUGACCUUCCACGAGAUACUGAAACGUGCAAACACACCGUUUGUGCUCACCCUCCAGAGACCGCAGGGCGUCGAUAAAUAUCCAGCGGAGGGUUUAGAAAUGAAAGGUCAAAUGGUUCAUUGUCCGGAGUCGGAUUCCAUCUUAUUCGUAAGCUCACCAUUCCUUAAUGGUCUAGAAGGACUAACUAGUCGAGGACUUUUUAUAUCCGAUAUUCCAUUACACGACGCCACAAGAGACGUUAUUCUGGUUGGGGAACAGGCCAGGGCGCAGGAUGGCUUGAGAAGGCGAAUGGAUAAGUUGAAGAGUUCCAUAGAGGAAGCCAAUCUUGCUGUCUCAGCAGAAAGAGAGAAGAACGUUAGCUUACUUCAUCUUAUAUUCCCUCCAGAUAUAGCGAAACGCUUGUGGCUAGGAGAAACAAUCGAGGCGAAGACCUACCCCGAAGUAACAAUGCUCUUUAGCGAUAUCGUUGGUUUCACGGAAAUAUGUUCCACCGCGACGCCAAUGAUGGUCAUCAAUAUGCUUCAAAAUCUUUACGAACAGUUCGAUUCAUUUUGCGGUCAGUUAGAUGUUUAUAAGGUAGAAACAAUCGGAGAUGCUUAUUGCGUUGCAUGUGGUCUCCAUCGCGACACUUCUACUCAUGCACAACAAAUAGCUUGGAUGGCUCUAAAAAUGAUACAAGCAUGUUCUCACCACCUGACUCAUAAGGGUAAACCUAUAAGGAUGCGAAUCGGCAUACACACUGGAAUGGUAUUAGCUGGAGUGGUUGGGAAAAAAAUGCCGAGGUAUUGUCUUUUUGGGCACAAUGUAACCUUAGCCAAUAAAUUCGAAUCUUUAAGCGAACCACUUCGCAUCCAUGUUAGUCCAACGACAUACGACAGCUUAUUAAAGUUCUCCAUAUCAGGAUUUGACCUCGAAUCACGAGGAAGAGAAUUCCUGCCGAAAGAAUUUCCGGCUAGCAUAGAAGGAAAUUCAUACUUCUUGAAGGACUACAAGCACAAGGAUGUCAACGUAAAUUUACCUUUGGAGUUACACAUUCAGAGUGCAAUCAGAGAAUAUAUUGGAAACAACGUGUAGAUAUUAUUUAAAUUAAGAUAAUAAGAAGCCAUUCCAACGAAUGUGCGUCGUUCGUGAAUGUCACUGUACCAAUCGCUACUUUGUCCGUAACUUAACUAAAAAUAAGUACACUUCCGGUAAACGUCUGUUUCUAAUGAGUUCCACGCAAACUGGCACCGUGUGACGACGCUGAUUCUAACCAGCCUAACUGACUUUCUGGACCCAUAAUAUUUAUACGCAGAGUUUUAGGUUACAAUUAUUACAUACUUAUGAUCAUAUGAGUAAAUAAAUCUGUAUGAUAAACA